AUGCUAGUGAACUUUUUGCGAGAGUACAAUAUAAAUCGGUUAUUAUUGUCAAGCACGGGUCUUUGGCCGUUUCAAAAUAGACUCGUGAGAAAUUCAUUGCUGACUUUUUGUCUUUUGCUCGAAAUAAGUUAUUUUCCGUUCGAGAUAUUAUUAUUAUACGAUCAUUGGGAUGACGGGCAAAUAAUUUUUGAAGGCUGCUAUCAAAUUGUUAUCUCGAGCGCUUUCCUUGUGAGAAUGGCAAAUGAGAUUUUGUACCACGACAAGUUUCGACAAUUAUACGAGACCAUUGAUGAGCAUUGGAACAUAUUUACAAGCGAUACAGAAGUUCAAGUUUUGAAAAAUUACUCUAUGAUAUCGCGACAAUUUACGAAAUAUUAUUCGAUAUUAAUGUAUGUCAUGAUGUCGGGAUUUAUAAUAAUACCGUUAACACCGAUAUUUUUGGAUAUUGUGUUGCCUCUUAACGAGUCACGUCCGCGAUUCCUCGCGAUUGAAGUUGAAUUCAGAGUAGAUAAAGAUGAGUAUUUCUUACCAAUUUUCUGUUACACCACCGCUAUAAUUGUAGUGGGUACGAGUAUUAUGGUGAGUGUUGACGCGAUGCUGAUCGCAUGCACCGCUCAUGCUUGUAGCUUAUUUGCAGCUAUUGGUAAGGAAAUUGAAAGUAAAGUUUUGAAAAUUAAUAAUAAAAAAGUCGGAAAAUAUGGAUAUCACAUGAUAUUUGAUAUGUCAAGUGAGGAAAUAGUAUAUCGAGAAUACAUAAAGUGUUUAAAGAAACAUCAACUUGCUAUAAAGUUUGUCGAUAUACUAGAUUCCUCGAAUCAAGGACUUUCAUUAAUGUUAUUAGUGUUGAUUGUUGGAACUUUAAGUCUUAUUGGAAUUCGAAUCGUUUAUGUAUUAGAUCAAUUGGAAGAAAUAGUAAGAUUCAUGUUUAUAAUCAUGGGAACAUUGUUGAUUCUGCUGAUUCUGUGUUAUUCCGGUCAGAGAUUAAUGGAUGAAAGCCAGAAUAUAUUUUUUCAAGCAUAUGCGGCAAAAUGGUAUGACUUCUCGCCUAGACUAAAAUCUCUACUGAUUAUAAUUCUUUACAGAAGCAAUGUAUCGUGCGGAUUAAAGGCAGGUAAUAUAGUUCCACUAUCGACAGCGACUUUCGCGGCGGUGGUACGGAUGAGUGUAUCCUAUUUCACAGCGUUUUUAUCCUUUAAAGAUUGA